AUGGGACUAGAAUGGCUAGAAAAAUAUUGAACGCGAAUGAGUUUUAGGAACUUCUACGGCACUGCUAAACGAUCUCUACGCGGUAAAAGGCGAACAAGACAGCAAUCAAGUGAUGAUGACACUGAAGAUGAAGAUGGGACUUGUAUGGAUGAUAUGCCACUAAUGUAUAGUAAUGAAGUAAGUUUCAAAAUGGAUGAGAGUGAUUCUCUCGUCAACAGACGACGAAACAGAGGUUUUAAUCAGUCCAGGAUAGGAUACUACAUUAAUGAAGGAUGGGCUAGGUCAUGUGGAAGGUGUUGGGAGAAGCUGUGCAACAGGAGGAAGGAGUAUCAUGCAAGGACUGUACCUAUAGGACUUCAAAGAUCAUCAGAUGAAAAAUAUCCAAAGAAUGUCAUUCGCAAUCAGAAAUACAGCGUCAUUACAUUUAUACCAAAGGUCUUAUUUGAACAGUUCAAGUUCUUCUUAAAUCUGUACUUUCUGGUGAUGGCGUUGUCCCAGUUUAUACCUGAGAUAAGAAUUGGCUACCUCUACACAUACUGGGGGCCUCUUGGUUUUGUGAUUUUUGUUACGAUGUGCCGUGAGGCCCUCGAUGAUUACAGAAGAUACAGACGUGACAAAGAAGCCAACUCGCAGAAAUUCCGUAAGCUAACACGAGAUGGCAUGGUACCAGUUCCCAGCAGUAACAUCAGAGUGGGCGAUCUUAUUGUGGUCGAUAAGGAUCAGCGAGUGCCAGCUGACAUGGUUUUCUUGAGGACCACAGAGAAGACAGGUGCUUGUUUCAUCAGAACAGAUCAGCUGGAUGGAGAGACAGACUGGAAACUAAAGCUAGCAGUACAAAGCACCCAGAAACUUCAUGUCAAUGUGGAUAUUUUGGAUAUAACAGCAGAGGUGUAUGCUGAGGCUCCUCAGAAAGACAUUCACAGUUUUGUUGGUACAUUUAAACGGUAUGAUGAACCUGUAGAAGACUCACUCAGUGUUGAGAAUACUCUCUGGUCCAAUACUGUAGUAGCCUCAGGGUCAGCCCUGGGGGUGGUGAUAUACACAGGGUCAGAGACUCGUAGUGUAAUGAACACCUCCCAGCCACCAUCCAAGGUUGGUCUCCUGGAUCUAGAAGUCAACACACUGACUAAGCUGUUGUUUUUUGCUGUAAUAAUUUUGUCUGUGGUUAUGUUAGCUCUAAAGGGAUUUGAUGGCCCCUGGUACAGAUAUCUCUUCAGAUUUAUACUUCUCUUCUCUUACAUUAUUCCUAUCAGUUUGCGAAUCAAUCUGGACAUGGGGAAGGCAGCAUACUCAUUCAUGAUCCAGCGAGAUAAAUCAAUCCCAGAAACCAUUGCUCGUAGCACCACGAUUCCAGAGGAAUUAGGCCGUGUUAGCUACCUCAUGUCUGACAAAACUGGCACACUCACACAAAAUGAAAUGGUUUUCAAGAAACUACAUCUGGGAACUGUGUCAUUUACCCCUGAAACAAUGGAUGAGGUACAGUCCCAUUUGAGAACCACAUUUGCUCAACAACAAAAGGAGGCACAACCAUCCCAGCAACCUUUCUUAGGUCCCUCCAUGACCCCCUCUCGUAGUGGUGGUCCCGUACGAAGGACAGUGAUCACCCGAGUGUUUGAGGCAGUCAGGGCACUUGCUCUGUGUCACAACGUGACUCCAGUGUAUGAGGAGAGUGAGAAUAGUGAUGUUGGAUACGAAACUGAGGCUGAUCAACAGAGUCAGCAACAGGUGGUGUACCAGGCUUCCAGUCCUGAUGAGGUUGCUUUGGUUACCUGGACAGAGAGUGUUGGUCUGACUUUACUGAAGAGAGAUCUGAAUUCCAUGCAGCUGAGAGCUCCUAAUGGUUCAGUCAUUACCUACCAUAUUCUCCACAUCUUCCCCUUCACAUCAGAGACCAAGAGAAUGGGGAUCAUUGUUAAAGAAGAGAAAACAGGAGAGAUUUCUUUUUACAUGAAAGGUGCUGAUGUUGUAAUGCAGACAAUUGUGCAAUAUAAUGAUUGGUUAGAAGAAGAGUGUGGAAAUAUGGCAAGAGAGGGACUCAGAACUCUUGUUGUUGCUAAAAAAAUAUUGACAGAAGAUCAGUACCAAGAAUUUGAUACUCGCUAUCAUCAAGCCAAAAUGAGCAUUCAGGACAGAAAUGUUAAAAUACAGGGAGUGAUUGAGAGUUUAGAGAGGGACAUGGAGUUGUUAUGUCUGACUGGUGUGGAGGAUAAACUACAGGAAGGUGUUAGACCUACACUGGAAAUGCUGAAAAAUGCUGGCAUUAAGGUGUGGAUGUUGACAGGAGAUAAACUAGAAACUGCUAUUUGUAUCGCUAAGAGUUCUAAGCUUGUGUCCAGGACACAGGACAUUCACAUCUUUGGAGUGGUCAGUGGCCGGACCGAGGCUCAUUUACAGCUGAACGCACUGAGGAGAAAGCAGGACAAUGCCUUAAUAAUCACAGGAAACUCACUACAGGUGUGUCUGAAAUACUAUGAGCAUGAGUUUGUCGAGCUAGCCUGUCAGUGUCCAUCUGUUGUUGUUUGUCGAUGUUCACCAACUCAGAAAGCAGACAUUGUGAAACUCUUACAGAACCACACCGGGAAACGCACAUGUUCCAUAGGGGAUGGAGGAAAUGAUGUCAGUAUGAUCCAGGCAGCUAAUGUUGGUGUUGGAAUUGUGGGUAAAGAAGGAAAACAGGCCUCACUAGCUGCUGAUUUCUCUAUCACUCAGUUUAGUCAUAUCGGGAGGCUUUUAAUGGUGCAUGGCAGAAACAGCUACAAGCGUUCAGCCUCCCUCAGUCAGUUUGUCAUGCAUCGAGGCCUCAUCAUCUCCACAAUGCAGGCUGUAUUCAGCUCUGUUUUCUACUUUGCUUCCAUUGCUUUAUUUCCUGGUUUCCUUAUGAUUGGUUAUGCUACAGUAUAUACAAUGUACCCCGUGUUUUCUCUGGUGCUGGAUAAGGAUGUUUCCGCGGAGACGGCCAUGACCUAUCCUGAACUGUACAAGGAACUGGUCAAGGGGAGAUCACUUUCAUUUAAAACAUUUUUCCUGUGGGUUCUUAUAAGUAUUUAUCAAGGUGGUAUCAUUAUUUACGGUGCUCUGUGGCUGUUUGAUGAAGACUUCGUUCAUGUUGUGUCCAUUACAUUUACCUCCCUCAUUUUGACUGAGCUGCUCAUGGUGGCGUUGACAAUAAGAACAUGGCACUGGGCAAUGGUUGUUGCUGAAGUAUUCAGUUUAGCCAUUUAUAUUUUAUCACUUGUCGUACUGCGUAAUUACUUUGAUGGGACGUUCUUGAGGACAUGGGAUUUUAUCUGGAAGGUAGUGGUCAUCACGUCAGUCAGCUGUAUACCCUUGUAUAUCCUAAAAUACAUACGAAAGAAAUUCUCUCCACCAGUCUAUGCCAAGCUUACUUGAGAUUGUGUGCUAUAGAAUGCCAAGCUUACUUGAGACUAUGUGCUAUAGAGAAAGGAAUAACAGGGUCUGGAUCAUUUUGGAAAACUAUUUCUUACAAGAAGUGUCUCUGAAUCAAUGAACAAGAAAACCAUCAGUACAUAGGAAUAUUUGUGCAAUUUCAUUUACUUUUUUUAGACAUACUUGAAUUCCAUCCUAUUUGGCUGUGUGAUAGCAUUCCUCUCUAUGCUUGUAAAAUACGAUCUAUAAUUCAUUACAGUACUCUAGUGUCUGUAUGACUGUAGAUUACAUUUUAUCUGUAAUUCAUUACAAGUAAUCUCAAUAUUCCCAGUGCUAUGUAUAUUCUUCAUGUAAGGCCUGUAACAGCAAAUUCAAAUAUUACCUUUGAUGCUAUUUUUUCUCAAAGAGGUUAAAUCCACUUGUACAAUCAAUAUACGAGUAAUGGCGAAUUUUACUAGACAAUAUCGUUCUUUUUCUUUACAGUUCAUAUAUAUUUUUUUCAUGCAUACAUUUUUUAAUUUAUUAUGUUAAUCAUGAAUUUACAAUUUUGUUUAUGUUUUUUUUUUACCCCCGCUCCGAAGGAGAGGGGGAUAUACUGUUUUACCCUUGUGUGUCUAGCUGUCUGUGUGUCAGUGUGUAUGUCGGUAUCAAAUUUCCAUCACAGUUUUCUCAGCAACUAUUCAUCACAGAUGCUUAAAAUUUUAGCACAUUCUUUGUUUAGGCAUGCCAUAUGAUGGGAUUCAUUUUUGUAUGAAUUCAAUGUCAACAUGAGAGGGUAUAUUCACAACAGAGCCGGGGUAUUACUAGUGAGCAUUUGCUCACAGACUUCUUGUUUUUUGUAAAAUGAAACUGAGAGUAAAUUAUGGAAUGCUUUUAAGUUAUCACCAGUUUAUUUAUUGAUACAUGUAUUUAAAUAUUGGCUGAAAUACCAUGUACCUAUCAUUACUUUGUUUUUAUUGAUACACAUUCUACCAAUAAUGUAGACUGCUAUAUCUUUGAUGUGACCAUAAACUUUUCUUUUUAGUGGUGUUCGGUUCACCUCUGAAGAAUAAAUGACAUAUAAAUUGU